AUGACACAGGAGACACGGCUGAAGCUGUGGAACGUCAGCAGCACUAAGAUGGUCCUGCAGCUGCCUUCCAUCUUCCACCACCUCCCCCACCUGCAGCACCCGGAGAGCCUGCAGCCGGCAGUGCACGUGGGACAGGGCCGCACUGGGGUGUCCAUCGUGCUGGGGGUCCCGAGUGUGAAGAGGGAAGUGCACUCGUACCUGUCGGACACACUCACCUCCCUCAUGUCCGAGCUGUCGCCCGCCGAGAAGGACGACUGUGUCAUUGUGGUCCUCGUCGCAGAGUUAGAAGACGACAUCGUGGCUCGUCCAAACUACUUCACCACCAUGAAGAACUUUGCCCUGCAGCAGCCCUCAGAGGAGUGGAUGAUCCUGGAGUUCUCCCAGCUCGGCUUCAUCGGAAAGAUGUUCAAGUCGGAGGAUCUGCCCAUGAUCGUGGAGUUCAUGCUGAUGUUCUACAAAGACAAACCCAUCGAUUGGCUCCUGGAUCACAUCAUGUGGGUCAAAGUGUGUAACCCCGAGAAGGACGCGGACAAAGACUUUGGGAAGCAGCACCUCCACAAAGGCCACAUCAACCCUGCAGCAGAACUCAGCUCCAGCCUGAAGACCUACCAGCACUUCACCCUGGAGAAGGCCUACCAGGGGGACGACUUCUUCUGGGCCUUCACCCCUGUGGCCGGCGACUUCAUCCGGAUCCGCUUCUUCACCCCCGUGAGAGUCGAGAGGUAG